CACUCCUCCCCGUCAGUCCCGGAAGCCCGUGAUCCCGGCCCGGCCUGGCUGUGCUGUGUGCGGCCGCCCCUCUCCUCCUGCGAGCGGCCUCCCGCCGCCUCCCUAGCCCGGGGCUGCGGGGCCUGACCUCCAGACCCCCAGCAGCUAUGCCGGGUCCGCAGGCCGGGAGCAGAGCUCGCGUUUAUGCCGACGUGAACAGCUUGAGGAGCCGCGAAUACUGGGACUAUGAGGCGCACGUCCCCAACUGGGGGAAUCAAGAGGACUACCAGCUGGUGAGGAAGCUUGGCCGUGGCAAGUACAGUGAGGUGUUUGAAGCGAUAAACAUCACCAAUAAUGAGAGGGUGGUGGUAAAGAUCCUAAAGCCUGUGAAGAAGAAGAAAAUCAAAAGAGAGGUAAAGAUAUUGGAGAAUUUGCGCGGGGGCACCAACAUUAUCCGUCUCCUGGACACCAUUAAAGAUCCUGUGUCCAAGACUCCAGCUCUGGUGUUUGAAUAUAUUAAUAAUACAGACUUCAAGCAGCUGUACCAGAUCCUGACUGACUAUGAUAUCCGCUUUUACAUGUAUGAGCUGCUGAAGGCUCUGGAUUACUGCCACAGUCAGGGUGUAAUGCACCGAGAUGUGAAGCCACACAACGUCAUGAUUGAUCACCAGCAGAAAAAGCUGCGGCUCAUAGACUGGGGAUUGGCUGAGUUCUAUCACCCAGCUCAGGAGUAUAAUGUGCGCGUCGCCUCGCGAUAUUUCAAGGGUCCGGAGCUAUUGGUUGAUUAUCAGAUGUAUGACUACAGUCUAGACAUGUGGAGUCUUGGGUGUAUGCUUGCCAGUAUGAUCUUCCGCAAGGAACCAUUUUUUCAUGGACAAGACAAUUAUGACCAGCUUGUGCGAAUUGCCAAGGUUUUGGGCACUGAUGAUCUGUAUGGAUACCUGAAGAAAUAUCACAUAGAGCUGGAUCCUCACUUCAAUGACAUUCUGGGACAACAUUCUCGGAAACGCUGGGAGAAUUUCCUGCACAGUGAGAACAGACAUCUGGUGAGUGCAGAGGCUCUGGACAUGCUGGACAAGUUACUGCGCUAUGACCAUCAACAGAGACUGACUGCACGUGAGGCCAUGGAGCAUCCCUACUUCUAUCCGGUGGUAAAGGAGCAGGCAGCGGCUCAGACAGAUAGUAACCUGCUCCCUGGUAGCCUCUCCACAGCGCGAUGAGAACUGGGGAUAGUGGGAUGCUGCUGCUGAUGUCAUCUGGUUUUAAUGGGCGGAGCCAGGCAUACGUACUGGAGCACUUCCUGGUUUUGGCUGCAGUGGAUGUGGACAUUAUGACCCAGCAGCACCAGAACCCAGUUCCCUUAUUUUAGUAAGAUGAUGGACCGGUCAGAGCUCCUUCAGAAAUCCAGCCAUGAGUGAUACCUGGGGGACAACCCUCCGCCCUACCCCUGCCCAUGUUGUGUUCGAGGAUGGGAAGCUUCUGUGUACCUUGAUUUAACCCUUUGCCUUCUGGACAGAGCUUCCUUGUAGGGUUGUCAGGUCAAACCAGGGUGAGCUGAGCCUCUGCGAUGAAACAAGGGCCCGGCCUAGAUAGCAGUGGAGACGGGGUCCCCCCUGCCCCCAUUCCUGUGAUGUUACAAGGUGGAGCCGCCUCUCCUGAAGCAGCAAUACACCCUCCCCCCCCCCCCCCCCCCCCCCCCACCUUUCCAUCAUCAUCAUUUCUCACAUUCUUGUGUUAGUUUUUUUUUUUUUUUUAAUUGACCAAUAUCCAGGGAUGUUUUUAGUUCUGGUGCCAAGAUCCCAGGUGCUGCCAGUCUUACUAUAGCCACUGUGUUACUGCAAAGGAGGGUGCGGCACGUUAACUGCUUGAAGAGAUGUGAACAUCACUUGAUCCCCUCUGUUAGGGGCAAGGGGGUUCAUUGAUUGUCUGUGGUGCACCAUUGCCCAAUCUCCAGUGACAUGGCGUGUGUUAUAAGCUACCUCGGAGACCAGGUCCUGGUGUAUGUUCAGAUCUGCUGCCUGUGCAAUUCAUCUGGGAUGCAAGUUCCUAAAUAUACUUCUUCGUGUGAAGGAAUAUGAGUGUCCUCUGUCUCGGUGAGCAAGUAAACGCGAGUCAUAUUGUGCAAUGCCCUGCACGGAGACACAGCUAGGCUGCAGCUCUCCACCAGGUGGCACUAGUGCAGCAUGAAACCUUGGAGGGCAGCAGCCAUUGUUGGGGUGCUGAAUCUCCACAUUGUUCCCCAUUCUCAGGUGGGGUGGGCCCUUUUUAUUUUUCACUAUUAUUUCUCCUCUUUUCCCUGGCCUGUGUGGACAUGAAGGAUCAGACCCUGGACGAGGGGAGUCCAGUCUAUAAAUACCUCUGUUCAGCA